AUGGCUGCUUUAGGUCGAAGAGUUGAAAAUCUAAAGAGGAUGUUGAAGUUUCUAUCAAAAGUUAGAGUUGAGUACAACACAUUGGAUCCAAGACUUGCAUCUUGUGUUGAAUUCUUAGCUCAAUGCAAUGCAAGGAAAGCCAAAGAGUCGAAUCCGAAUUGUCAGAUUCUGGUGAAACGAAGAACAGACGAGCAGCCGCCGCAGAUUACUGUCACGUUUGUCAAUGGUGUUGAAGAAGCUUUUGAUGCAGCGGCGACCUCGGCUCAGUCUAUCAGAAAGAUGAUUCUCGAUAGAGGUCAGUAUCUCGAGACAGAGCAAAUGUUCCGUGAAGCUUGUGAACAAUGGCCUGUAAUCAUCCCUGAUGAAGAGCUUCACCAAGAGGCUCUUGGUGUUAAGCCGAGGAAAGCAGAAGACAAGAAGUAA